ACUGACGGCCCCGUCCACGGUCGGACAGCUCUCCUUUGGAGUCUCACGGACUUUUGAUGCCUGUUGAUUCCUUUGUUUUUCGUGCCCUCGGUCUCUCGAUUGCGGUCCCCCCCCCCGGCUCGUCGACUUCGGCUUCGUCUUCCUUCUGACGGCAAGCGGCCAUCAGAUCGCAUCAUCUUCACGACUCCUCGCUUUCCAUGAUUGACUUGGCGCAUUCUCGCUGCUAGGCGGUCUAUUGACAGGAGAAACGAGACUUCCGACUGGCAUCAUGUCCCAGAACCCCCAAGGCCCCAAGUCCAAAUGGAAAGUGGGCUCUUUCCUGCAGCAGGCUGUUGCCGGUGUCGAGUCCAGACUCGACUUGAUUUUAGCGGAGGAGGAGGGUCAGAAACAGCAGCAAGCCAAGGGUGUGGCUACGAAGCCCAGGCAAUCUGAACAGACUGGCAAUAUAUCACGCAGUUCGUCGAAUGCGCGGAAGAAUGAUCGUCUCCAGGAACGCCUGGCUCGUGCCAUGGUCAAAUCGAACACCGCUGGAAAUACGUCCCAGCCUCCCAGCCAUGCCUCCUCCCCCGUCAGCAGUCCGGUGCCCAGCAUUGGCGGACGCUCGAGUAUGGAUAUCGAUGCCAGUCUGGAUUCCCAUAAUGGGAUCACCGGGAGGAAUUCUCGGAACUCUAGCCAAGUCGAUGGAUACUCUGCUACUGAAGCCCCUCGGAUGAGCCAUGACUCAGGCGUCUCAUCUCCAGAUUCCAAGGACGACGCUGGAUCGCAGAUCGAUGGUGCUGCUGUGCCGGAGACCAAUACUACAGAAACUUCCGAUAUCAUCAAGGACACUACACCGGAUACUGAACCAACGGUCACCGAACCGGAGCAACCGCCUGCGCCGACAAAUUCCCUACCGGUUACGGAUACUCCUACGGACACACCCAGAACUUUCAGCGACCAAGAAAAUACAAUCGCGCAGUUGCAGGCAGAACACAAGGCUGCGGAAUCUCAAUGGCAGGAGGAGAUGUACGGAUAUAUCGAACGGAUCGAUGCUCUACAGUCCAAACUGAAAUAUCUAGCCAAGGAAGCUGCGGAGUCUGCCAAAAAGGCUGCAACCACAGCGGACCCAGGGAGUACUGAGAAGCAACUUCGAGAAAAGGACGAGAAGAUCGCCCUGUUGCUUGAGGAAGGACAGAGGCUGUCUAAGUCGGAAAUGGACCACAGAACGGCGAUCAAGAAGCUUAGGCAGCAGCUGAUGGAGAAUGCAAAGAUUCAGACGGAAACCAAGAAGAAGACCGACGAGUUGGAACGGGAUCUGGCCAAUGCGGACGUCCGAGCUAAACGAGCAGAGGCGGCCGAGAAGAGAGCGACUGAAACGCUGUCCGCGCAGACGAAGGUGUCCCGGGACCUGGAAGCCGUGACGGCGGAGCGUAACGCUCUCAGUCAGACCGUGGAAGAAUUGAAAGGGCAACUCGCCAGAGCUGUCUCUAGGGCCGAGGCUGCGGAAGCCAAAGCUCAGUCUGAGGCAUUAGAGCAGGAGAAGCGCCGCGCUACCCAGUUGGAGGAGGAUCUGACUAGCGCCAAGAUCGAGCGUGAGAUUAGUGAAGAGAAGCUGAGGCGAGAGAUCAGCGAUCUGACUGGGGCAGUCGAGCAAGAAAAGGAGAGGGCCCGUAUGUUGGAGAUCGAGCUCAAAGGGGAACAGUCGGCGCUGGAAAGCAAGAUGGAGUCUCUGCGGUCCAGGGCAGAAGAGGCGUCUUCCGGGGUUACCGGCGAUGCGCAGGCAAAACUUCUACGUCAGAUCGAGACCCUCCAGACACAGUAUGCUGUCGCCAGUGAGAAUUGGCAAACCUUGGAGGGCUCACUUCUUGCGCGGUUGGCGAACGUUGAGAAGGAGCGCGAUGAGGUCGCACGGCGAGAGGGCGAGAUGCGCCGGAAGAUCCGUGAAGUGAACCUCAAAGCAAAAAGACUCGAAGAAGACCUUGAGAGUGCCAAGGAAGCCGAGCAGGACCUCGAGGACAAACUGGAAGAACGCAUGCAGGAAUUGCAGAAGACCGAACAGAAGCUUAAGAAAGCGGCGGAUGACCUGGUUAUGGCCCAGAAGGAUCUUGUCGAACAGAAGAAAGUGCUCGAUACGACAUGGGCGCAGAAACUCGAGGACGAGCGAGCGAAAUGGCGCGAGCAGUCUAUUACUCCCGCGUCCUUCCUGCAGCAGCCUCGUACCCAGUCCCCCGUCGCAUACAGCCGGAGACCGAGUGCUUUGGAGCCAGUGUCUCUAUCCGACUACCGGCCCACGAGCCGUCGUUCCUCGACGCUACCAACCUCGCCAGACAUUGGCACUCCCCCUCGCCAGAACUCGUUCCCUACGUCGACGCACUUAAUGCUCUCCCCACCACCAACCAAUGGUUCCUCCCACCCAGCAGUUCCGGAGACUCCCUCGAUUACCUUCGAGCCGGACGAGUACUUCAGCCGCUCCGGCACCCCGUCUGCUUAUGGCGGAGCGGCGACGCAGCAUUCUCGCGGGAUCAACGACAUCAUCUCCGAGUCCACUGUCGGGGCGGGGCCGUCCGUGCAGCUGGUUGAGCGCAUGAGCGCUACAGUCCGCCGCCUCGAGAGCGAACGCGCAGCAUCGAAGGACGAACUCGCACGGAUCACCACACAGCGCGACGAAGCCCGUCAGCAAGUCGUCGACUUAAUGCGAGAAACAGAAGAGAAAAGAUCCUCCGAUGCUCGUGUACAGGACCUUGAGAAGCGGCUCGAGGAGCUCGACCAGAGGUAUCAGACGACGCUCGAGAUGCUGGGCGAGAAGAGCGAGCAGGUAGAAGAGCUACAGGCCGAUAUUGCCGACCUCAAGAAGAUAUACCGGGAACUGGUCGAUAGCACCAUGAAAUGAGUUGCCUCUGCACGGUAGACUUGUUAUGGAUUGUAAAUAGACUUGGUCGGGCUAGAGUCCGAUUUAGACGAUGUGAUGUGAGACAUGCCUUUCAAGAGUAAUGUCAUGAAUCCGUUAAUUACUAGAACAGAUACUGAAAU